AUGUCCAAACAAUUUGUUGGGUUUUCUGACGAUGAUAUCUUCAAGAUCACCCGACAGGCGGGUGGCAAAGAGCCGGCAAAAGAACUGUCGCGUCCCCACAGCAGACAACCUAAAGUACCGCCGGGCGCGGUGAAAUUUGUUCCACCACCAUCAACAGUAAACGGCAACCUCAGUACCGUCAGCUGUGUCGACACAAGCAUUUAUCCUCAACAUCCAAUCCAACAAGCUGUUGCCUUUAAACCACUACCAGUAAUGAUGAAUGCUCCGGUGGAUGAAUCCAUUCUAGUACUUCCGAACCUACCAGCAACGGUGGGCAAACAUUCCGAACCAACUGUUGCUACCAGUACGACAGGAUUGGCCGGUUUGCGAACCAACCUGAACGAUGUGCUUACUCCAUUCAAAGGCAUGUCGUUGAAAGAUUUUGAACAGCAGCGAAAAAUGAUGGAAGAGCAGAAUAAGCAGAAACGGGACAUACUUCAUAAGGCUAUAGAGCAACAUGCUCAAAAAACAGCAGCGGAAGCAAGCAAAAUCCAGGAGAUUAAGUCCGAACUCAGCAAACUAGACUCCGAGCUGGCAUCGGAUGUAGCAAUUUUACGUAAACAGAUCGAUGCGGCGAGCCUGCACUUUUCGAGUGUUGAGAAAAAUUAUCUUACCAUAGAAAAUCUUUUCCUCAAAGCCAAGGUCGAGCUUCAUCAGGCGUUGGAAAAGAAGGAAAUGUUAACCGAACAUUUGUGUGCAAUCAUUUCCCACAACGAGGAACGGAAGGCGAAACGUUUGUCCGAAUUGAUGGAAAAGGUAGGCAUUUCGGUGAACGAUCAUUUUGACGACACAAUCAAUGGAAACAGCAACACAGGUGCAACGGAUACUACCACCGAGCCAGACAGCAUCCAAUCGACGCGCAAUUAA